AUUUGAACUCAGAAAUUCAACAUGGCUUCUCAUACGAAUAAAUCUGUCCACCAAACUAAAGAGGAAUUACUUCGGCGCAUUGCAGAUAAGAAGUCUGAAAGCUCUCCAAAAUUCUAUCAGAAUGAUACUCCUUUGCAAGGAAGUAUUAGCCAAGCUAAUAGCUUUUCGAAUUCCAUUGUAAAUCAAAAUAUGUUUCACAACGACGGGAAUUUUUUUGCUCGUUUUCAAGCGAUGCAACAACAACAAACCGCCAACAAUUCGAGAGAAGAGAGGCCUUGCUCUUCAAGUGAAGAAUCUUCGAAGAAGCGUAAAUUGACUGUUUCUAUGAAGGUUUUAAAACCGUCAGCUUCUUCAAAAACUGUGACGAAACCAAGGUUGCUACGUCAUGACGUGUUUGAAAAUCCCGAAGAUGAAACUGUCUCUCCACCAGAAAAUGCUGCAGACAUUGAAAAAUUGAUAUCCAUUGUUGUCAAGAAUCCCGCAGUGGAGGAAAACUGGAAAAAACUACCAAAGUACAAAUUCCUGUCAGAACCUGAAAGUAAUGAAUUCAAAUUCUAUCAAAUGAAAUUGAAAGAAAAGAAAGAGGAACUAUCCAAGCAGACAUCAAGUGCGUCCACGUCGUCGUCGUCAUCAUCUUCAAAAGACCCCCCUCCCCUCAAUUUUGAUUUUGCGGCAACUCUGGCGCAGGUCAGAGCAAAGGCGGCAGCAUCACUGAUUGGCGCAACGCCAUCCGUUCAAAGUAUUAGCAGCGAGGAAAUGAGAGAGAGGGAAAGACAAAGGCAAGAACAGAAAGAGCUUCAGGAAAUGUACGAGAAAAUACUCGCUGCAAAGAAAAGCAUGGAGGCAAAGGAGGCAAAAAAGAGGAAAAAUAAUGACCCAAAUAAACCUGUAUAUGAAUACGAUUCCGAUGAAGACACAGAAGGAGGAACAUGGGAGCACAAGAAAAGAAAACAUGAGAUGGAAAAAACAAUAGAGUGGGCUUCUGAUCUAACGAAGAAAGGUCAGGGAAAACAUUUCAUCGGCGAUUUCUUACCUAAAGAAGAAUUAGAUAAAUUCCUCGGCAAAGUGAAAGCUGUGAAAGAAGGAGGAGAGUUCGUGUAUGAAGAUUAUGCGGAGCACAAGCUUACCGAGGAAAAUAUCGGUUAUAAAAUGCUUCAAAAAGCUGGUUGGCAAGAAGGAACGGGAUUAGGAAGUUCUGGAGAAGGAAUCAAAGCUCCUGUUAACAAGGGUAAAACAUCCUUCGAUGCCACUGGCGUAGGAGCAGUAAAACCAGAUGACAUUAAAAAUGAAGAUGAUGAAUUUGACUUGUACAGAAAACGAAUGCAAUUAGCUUAUAAAUUCAGGCCCAAUCCUUUGAACAAUCCUCGACGACCUUAUUACUGAAUCUUCUACACAUGUUUCGCUAUGCUUCAGAAGACAACCCAACUUUUUUGCGAUUAUACAGGACUUUUUAUAUGCUGUACAAAAUGCUUUUAUGUUUCCUGAUAUCUAUUGAGUGCGAUUUACAAUGAUUCGAGAGCUUUCAACGCUGCUCAUUUACAUUUAACCCACCUUGGUGUGAUAAGAUAAAAAGUGGAUUAACAACGUGUACUGUAAUAAAAAUAUUCUCCAUUAA